CCAGUGACUUCUUCCAAAAGGCAAAAGCUCGUAAAAAUCUAUAAAUACCUCCAACACAUUCACAGAAAUAAUACAAUUACACCUUUUUAUAGAUUUAUUCAAUAUCAAAGCAGCAAUGGCAUCAACUUCUUUUCUUCAUUCACAGAUUUCUCUUUCCAAGCCAUUUUCUUCAACUCACAGAAACAGUGGUUGUACCAAAAUUUUUGCAAUAAGAAGAGAAACCCACGACCAAAACUUCGAUGGAAGGAUGGUGGAUGAAAACUUGAUCAUUCUUCGGAAGAGAAUCCAUGAAAUGAAGGUGAUAGAGAGGAAUUACGAGCCCCCCUCUGAAUGGAUGGACUGGGAAAAGAGAUUUUAUGCAAAUUAUGACUCAAUAAUUUGUGAUGCAAUGGGGCUGUUGCAAUCCCAGUUGAUGGAAACUAGACCAAGCUUGGCUUUGGGUAUUAUUGCUCUGAUUGCACUGAGUCUGCCCACAUCAACUGGUGUGAUUAUGUUUCAUUUGAUGGAUGUAAUCAAGGGAAUAAUUCAUCUGGGUGGUUGAAGGAAAUUUGGUUGACUUUAUUUGUGUAUAUAAUUCAAAAAAAAAGUUCUGUAAAUUUAUUUGUUUGCUUCAUUUCUCCUCUUCAUGUGUAUAUUCGUCACAGACACAGAUUGUGUUCUUUGAAUUUUUGUUUUCUUUUUUGGAUUACCAAAGCUCAAGCUUGUUAUAUCCUCUUGAUGUGUAGAUUCGUCAUAGAUAAUUUCCUCUAUCCUUUA